UCUGGUGUUCGUCAGAUAAGGGGAGGAGUCUCACUGACAAGAAACUGGCUCUACUGAGUUUGGCUGCUCCCUAAAAUAGCAGUUGUGUGUAAAUGUGACUGAAAUUACGUUAAAGUUCCACGCACACGGUAUCCAUUGGAGGCUCUGAUAUAGAGUAUCUAUAUACAGCGAGGGACUUGAGAGACAAGGACAUUUUUCCCAAGGAGGAGAAAUCUGCAGGAAGCUUAACGCAAGUGAGGGAAGCAUUGAAGGCUAAAAGAAGAGACAGACAGACAGGAGCUGGAUAUUCUUGGUCCGAUAAAGAGGUUAUCACUGCUUUGAUAGUUGGAUUGUGGUGUGGUCACGAAAACGACAGAGCCAGAGAGAGAGAAGAGAGAGUGUUGUACAAUGUGCUAGGAGAUAAGGAAGAAGACGAGCUCGGUAGUUUUUCUGAUAUUCUUGAGGUGUCAGAGAGACCGAACAGAACGCAGAGAUGGGACGGAAGAAGAUACAGAUCACCAGGAUCAUGGAUGAGAGGAACAGGCAGGUUACCUUCACGAAGAGGAAGUUUGGGCUAAUGAAGAAGGCCUAUGAGCUCAGCGUUCUAUGUGACUGUGAGAUAGCCCUGAUCAUAUUCAACAGUUCAAACAAACUCUUUCAGUAUGCGAGCACAGACAUGGACAAGGUCCUGCUCAAAUACACUGAGUACAACGAGCCCCACGAGAGCAGAACUAACUCUGACAUUGUCGAGAAAUUAAGAAACAAAGGCCAUAAUGACCUGUGUGCCAGUCCUGAUCCAGAUGACUGUUUUGGGCACAGCCCCCUCAUGGACGACCGUUUCGGCAAACUAAGCGAAGAGAGUGAUUUAAUGUACAAGCGCUGUGGUGCGCUAAACAAGAAAGAACACAGAGGCUGUGAUAGCCCGGACCCCGAUGCCUCAUAUGUCCUCACCCCUCACACAGAAGAAAAAUAUAAAAAAAUUAAUGAGGAGUUUGAUAAUAUGAUGAGAAAUCAUAAAAUCCCCACAGCGCUGCCCCAGCAGAACUUCUCCAUGCAUGUGGCAGUGCCAGUCUCCAACCAGAACACCAUGUCCUACAACCCAGGAGGCUCCAUGAGCAGCCAGGCCCUGGCCCAGGCCACAGCCUCUCUGAGCGACAGUGGGAUGCUCUCUCCAGCUCAGGCCUCCUUACACAGGAAUGUGGGCUCCAGUGGGGGCCAGCAGAGGCCCCCUAGUCAAGGCAAUGCAGGGAACGGCUUUGUCAACCCUAGGGGCUCUCCGGGACUCCUGGGCGCAACCAGCGGGAACGGCCUGGGGAAAGUCAUGCCCACCAAGUCUCCACCGCCCCCUGGAGGGAACAUGGGGAUGGGCAACCGCAAGCCAGACCUGAGAGUGCUGAUCCCCCCGUCCAGCAAAGGCAUGAUGCCCCCACUGUCGGAGGAGGAGGAAAUAGAUUUGAACACCCACAGGAUAAGCAGCUCCCAGUCCCAGCUACUGGCCACCCCAGUAGUGUCUGUCACCACACCCAGUCUGCCCCCCCAAGGCCUGGUCUACUCAGGCAUGCCCACCGGCUACAACACCGAGUACUCCCUGAGCAGUGCAGAGAUCUCCUCCCUACAGGGCUUCGGCUCUCCAGGGCUCUCUUUGGGCUCCAUGUCGGCAUGGCAACAACAUCAACUGGGCCAGGCAGCUCUCAGCUCUUUGGUGGGUGGUGGUCACCUACCUCAGGGCUCCAACCUCUCUAUCAACACCAGCCAGAACAUCAACAUCAAGUCAGAGCCCAUCUCCCCACCGCGGGAGCGCGUCACCUCCUCUGGCUUCCCCCAACAGCAGCAGCAGCAGCAUCAGCAGCAGCAGGCGUCCAGCCGGCAGGACCUGGGCCGCUCGCCAGUGGACAGCCUCAGCUCCUCCUGCAGCUCGUACGAUGGCAGCGACCGCGAAGACCACCGGCCGGACUUCCACUCCUCGUCCAUGGGGCUGGGCAGACCCCCAGCCGGCACCGAGGACAACAGGGAGAGCCCCUCUGUCAAGCGCAUGCGCAUGGAUACCUGGGUGACAUAGAGUCACUCAGUCAGGCCUCCAGUCACCAGCUAGUCAGACGGAGGGAGGGAGAGGGUAGACUUGGGGGAGAGAUGGAUGGGGUAGGAAAGGUCCUUAUAGUUAUCAUUAUAAUAUUAUUAUUUAACUCCAUUUCAUUUUGUAAGAAGGAGAAUGGCAAAUAAAUUAAAUACAGCUCACAUUAAUAAGAAAACCAUUCAAGUAGUUGGACUGAAUUAUGUACACAAACAGAUGUUAUCAGGUACUGGGUGCGAAUUAGAUGUUUGCAGGAGUCUGAUGUUCAAAGACAAAAAAUAAGAAAAAAAUGAAUCUAGAUUAUUGUAGUCACUGGUCUAGUCUGGCACUUGUAGUUGCUGUUUUUGCUGUUGUGGUUGCAAGUUACAAACAAUCCAAAAAGUCAGAGUGUUGCCUGCUGGCUGAGGGCCCCUGCUUGUGGCGUCCACUGUUAGAGCUCAUGUUUCACUACAUGGUGUAACCUCAUACGACUUUAAUCUCAUACAACUUCGUCUCAAUUUGUCUCUUCUAUUAACUUAUUAAAUCAAUAGAUGUGAAAUCAAAUUUUAAAACAAUUUCGAUCUCCGAGACUAAAAAGAGUUGUUUUUCAUUUGAAAGAUGUUUCCCUUGUGUGGUUUUAGACAGGAAAAGCUAUCCUGUAUGGGAAGGACAUGGCUCAAAGUCAUGUGUUUAGUUCUAAAAUAAAUAGGAAAAAGUAUAUUGCAAUAAUAACAUAAAUUUUAUAAUCUGAUAUAUGGGACAUUAACAUUAUGGGAAAUUGUCCAGUUGAACUGGUAACAUGGUAAUAGCAAGAAAUCUUCUCAUUGCUCCAACAAUUCAUUGGUAAUGUAAGCCAAAGCUGUACUGUACGUUUCUUUCUGUUAUUUUGUAGCUAUGGUUUCCUAGCAAUUCUCUCAAAAACAAUUGUUAAUUUUAGUUUUGUUUUUACUGUGCUUUGUUACAAACAUUAUAAAGACAUGCUAGCCAGAUCUUGAAUCAAUAUCUCAAGCCAUGAACACUUGUGUUCUGUUUGUUAAAUUAAACAUUUGAGCCAAACACUUUCUUUUGUUAUGUAAAUAUCAACUUUAAUAUAUAUAUAUAUAUAUCACCUUGGUGUAAGUACGUAUGUAUUGUACCAUCACCAGAUUCAAGAAAAAGGUAUAUUUUUGUGGAUUACUGCCAUGUUUACAGGGCGAGAUCCUUAUUAAGUAGAUUAUUCACUGGUUAACAUUUACUAUUUUGUUAAUUAUACUGUACUUUCUUCAAAAUUGAAUUACUACCGUUAUAAUCAAAGUGGUUUUCUUUCCAGAGAGUAGUUUUGGGUUGUUUUCCCUUUAAUAGUGGUGAAUGUCUGUCCUUAACAAAUUGUAAUAACAGUGAUGUAAGGUUAAAGUUCCACUAUAUCUUAUGUUGUGAAGGAUAAUCUCAACGCUGAGGAAAAUAUGGUUUAGGGUUAGGCUAUUUGCCUGUAGCUGCUGAAUACACUGCCAACUUUCAAAACCAAGGUCCCAUCUCAGCAUUGAAAAACCCUCCGUUGUGAUUGUGCUUUGCUCGAUUGAAAGACAUGCCAUUUCAUGAACCAUGCCAAUAAACCUAUUUGGGUCGCUCCACGAAAAGAGUGCCUUUUGCGUCACUUUGAUAUUUGAAGUAGAAAUUGUGCACCAAUAUUGCAUUUUAAAAGCCUGUUAUGUUAUAUUAAGUGCACUUUAAUAUACACUGAGUGUACAAGACAUUAAGAACACCUUCCUAAUAUUGAGUUGCACCCCCCCUCCCCUUUCGCCCUCAGAACUGCCUCAAUUUGCGGGGCAUGGACUCCAGAGGGAUGCUGGCCCAUGUUGAUUCCAAUGCUUCCCACAUUUGUGUCAAGUUGGUUGGAUGUCCUUUGGGUGGUGGACCAUUCUUGAUACACACAGAACACUGUUGAGCGUGAAAAACCCAGCAGAGUUGCAGUUCUUGACACAAACCAGUGCGCCUGGCACCUACUACCAUACCCCGUUUAAAGGCACUUAAAUAUUUUGUCUUACCCAUUCACCAUCUGAAUGGCAAUGAUACACAAUCCACGCCUCAAUUGUCUCAAGGCUUAAAAAUCAUUCUUUAAUAACAUGUCUCCUCCCCUUCAUCUACACUGAUUGAAGUGGAUUUAACAAGUGACAUCAAUAAGGGAUCAUAUCUUUCACCUGUAUUAAGCUGGUCAGUCUGUCACGGAAAGCGUUUUGUACACUAAUAUACUUUUUAAUAUGAAUAAAGGCUUUCUAAAGUGCCCAAAAUCCCGUGUCACUUCAAGGAAGAUUUUAACCCACUUAAUUGCAAAAUCUCUCCAAGUUUCACCAUCAUUGUAAAGCCCUAGUUAUUUUGUUGCUUUGACAAAGUCAUUUCUGGAGAUUAUUUAUUUCAUGUGAUAAUGAUUCAUUUACAUCUGUCCCUCAUUUUAAGGUCAACCCAGUUACGUGAACUGAACUCUCGUUUUAAUAUGGUGAAACUAUUCCUUUUUAAAUAUAUAUUUUUUCAAAAUAAAUAUUGAACAUCUAAUGGUCAAAUCAUACAGUAAAAGCAGGUGAGCUGGUUAUACUCUUUUUGGCAAUUUUCUGGUGUUUUGUGGUGGAAAACUGAGUGGGUUGAGCAUUAAUACGUCAACCUUGUUACUCAUAGAUACACAGGCUUUUUUUAUGUGUGAAGCUUGUAUUCAAUUGCCACUCUCUGUUGCACACAACAAGCUUCCAUUCCCCCUGUCAUAAGGGGAUUUAUGGCUGAUUCGUUUUUUGUUUUAUUCAGAUUUUUCAGGGUUGCUGCAGCACCCUCAGCACCCAUACUUCCCACACUUCAUUUUUUUUAUUUAGCCUCUUGAGAUGGGAAAACUAGUUUCUGAAGUUGAACAUAUGCUCUUUAUAACAGAAUGUAAAAAGUAGGUGGAAUCAAAAAAAAAUGUAUACCAAGUUAAUACUUCUCAAAAGGCACCGAAUUGGUGGAACGACCCAUUUAUGAUUAAUUAAAUGAUCCAUUGAUGGAUCACUCUCUGGUGAAAUUGUUCACACUUAUGAGUAAAUUAAGUUGCAAACAUUGUAAAUAGCAUAGCCUAAAUGUAAUCCUCAGUCAUGAUUAUUUAUAAAAUUAAUCCGUUUUAUAAAUUGGCACAGCAAAAUACCCUAUGUUUGAGGCCCAUCACUAGUAGGAAAUGAACAACCCUGAAAUCAUGAUCCCAUAAGAAGGGUGUAGUACUGGUGAGUGGCAGCAGCCAUUUUCUGUUUCACUGUUGUAUAUUUGCCUGUGUGUGCAUAUCAGACCAUGCAAGCAUGUACGUCAUUGUCUGUUACAUGUGGCCUUGGCUUGCAUUAUACCCCAUCCCCACAGUGGUAAAGUGUCAGAUAAUUCAGCAGCUAAUACAUACUAGAGACAAUGCAACAGAAUAGACUUGAUCCGACACUGCUGGAUUGCACACAUUUGUAUGAGAAGUUUGCUGUACAAAAGGAGUAUCUCUUUACAUUUGCUAUAUUUUCCCUUGUGUGUUUCUCCUCCACACCUGUCUCCACCCCUUCAUUUGAUCCAUAGCAGUUGGCAAUAUGCCAAUAGUGAUCUAUGCAGUUUCCAACUCAUACUCUGACCAGAUGCGGACCCUUAAAAAACGUCACUUAAAGGGUCCAAUCUACUAUUAAAUGUUAUUGCAUGUCCCAUAUAGUCAGGGAGCUGGAUAGCCAGUUGCACAUAAAGUUUUAUCAAUGUCUACCCUUUUGAACAAGUUAUUUUAGACAUGCAUAAGAAGCACAGCAUAACUUAUUUAAUAUCCAUUUGAACACGUCAGGUUACAGAACAGCAAUAAUACCAUUACACUAUUCUAACAAGACUUUAGCAGUCUUUUUUUCAUAGCUUCAUUACAAAUGACAUGCACACUUAAGCACUUGAUAGGAUAUCAGGGAAUUUUUCUAGCUUCACUCUUUAUAUGCACGGUUAGAAAAUAGCCUUAUCCCAAAGAAUUACUCAUGUUAUAAAUCAAGAAAAGCCUCACAUAGCUCCAAACUAACGCCGCUACAGCUAAAGCAGCUGACAUACAUUACAGAACAUAGAGACUGGUUAGUCUUUCCCACUCUGCCCUCCCCUGAAAUAAGAUUCACACAAGGAAUGUAUAGAGGACGUAAAGUGAUACACUUGCUCUUUUGGUCUAUGUGCUGUGUAAAAACCUGCACAACUAUUGAAUGUGAAAGAACAGGAUUAUAGGAGACAACGGAACUUUGUUGAAAGAGCUUUCUUCACUUUGCUGUGCAAGAGUACACUGCUUUGCUGUAUGGCUUUUAUAAACAGAACUAUGUAUUUGGUAAUUGUUUGUAGUUAAUAGUUCACUUCAAGAAGCUGUUUGCGGUUUGGAUGCUCAAACCGUUUGGCGGCACAAGCUGGACUUUGUUGCCAUGAAUGAAACAAAAUCAAGAGAGAAUUUUAAGUUAAUCUGCAUUUUAUUUCCCUUUAAUGUGUUGUUUUAUCUUCAUUAUACAAUAAAUAUUCUAGUGAACUUUUUAUUGAAUGACUAAGAUACCAUGCUAGAGAUUGUUGUAAAAAUGUGUAUUCUCCAUUCACUAAAGUAAAACUAUUGGCUUCUACUGUCUAUUUUAGGUUCUCUCACUUAUUCUGUAAAUUAAGUGAACAACUUUCUUACCUAGAUUUUGUCCACCUGUGAUGUCCCAAACAAUAGAGACUGUCAGCAUUAUUAAACACCUCAAUGUAUGCUCAAA